CCGACUCCAACCAAGCCCAGCGUCUCACUCCAGCUUCAACUGAGGUGCGUCCACUCUGCAUUUAAAGUCCUGAGAGGAAUCAUCCAGCCUGAGCUAUCACCACCAUGUCUGACCAAAGUACCAACCCGACCCCUUCUCCUGCCCCCCCUACUCCCACUGGACGCCCUCCAAAGGUGUCCGGCCGUGGUCGUGCCGCAGGUCCCAGCUCCAACUCCAACUCUGACUCAGUGGACAUACCUGAGUUUGAGCCAUUUGGCGUGGUGGGUCCGAGAGGUCUUCCACCUCUGACUGAGUUCUUGGACAUCUGGGACGUGGACAUGAUGAGGAGGCCAGAUGAGAUCAACAAGAAGCGUCACCACACUGUGUUGUACAACUCUGAGAAUCUCAUCGUCCGCAGAGGACAGGAGUUCGAGGUCAAGAUCACCUUCAGCCGUGCCUACAAACCUACUGACAAAAUUGCUGUGGAAUUUGUCAUCGGUUCGAACCCUCAGUACAGCAAGGGCACCUACAUCCCUGUCUUCCCAACCAAAGAGCGCCAGACCAUCUGGGAGGGCCGAAUCACCAACACCACUGACAAUGUGGUCACCAUGGCCAUCACUCCCGCCGCCAAUUGCAUUGUGGGGAAGUAUCACAUGUACAUUGCUGUGUCAACACCGUACGGCAUCCGCAGGACCAGACGGGAUAAAAGUCGGGACCUCUACAUCCUCUUCAACCCUUGGGUGGCAGAUGAUGCCGUGUUUCUGGAUGAUGAGGAGGAGAGGGAGGAGUGCGUGAUGUCUGAGAUGGGGAUCAUCUACCAUGGCGCCUUCGACGAUGUCGCUGAAAGAAACUGGAACUAUGGACAGUUUAACUAUGGAGUCCUGGAUGCCUGUCUGUACAUCCUGGACAAGUCUGAGAUGCCCAUCACCAACAGAGGAGAUCCCAUCAAGGUGACCAGGAAGGCCUCUGCCAUGCUGAACUCGCGCGAUGACGAAGGUGUGCUGGUGGGGAACUGGAGCGGCGACUACACCUACGGAGUGGCACCCACUUCCUGGACAGGCAGCACAGACAUCCUCCUAACCUUUGCCAGCAGCAGGAUGCCCGUCUGCUACGCUCAGUGCUGGGUCUACGCCGCUGUCUUCAACACCUUCCUGCGCUGUCUCGGCAUACCGGCCCGAGUCGUCACCAACUUCUACUCUGCCCAUGACAACGAUGGAAACCUGAAGACUGACAUAAUCCUGGAUGAGGAGGGAAGGAUUGAUCGCAACCGCACCAGAGACUCUAUCUGGAACUAUCACUGCUGGAAUGAGUGCUACAUGUCCAGACCAGACCUCCCAACUGGCUUUGGAGGCUGGCAGGUUGUGGAUGCAACACCACAGGAGACCAGUGAUGGCAUGUACAGAUGUGGACCCGCAUCAGUCCAGGCCAUCAAACAUGGACAGAUAUGCUACCCAUUCGAUGCUGCCUUUGUGUUUGCUGAGGUUAACAGCGAUGUGGUGUUUUAUUCCCGGAGUAAUGAUGGGACCAUGGAACCAGUCAAAGUGAACCAGACUCAUGUGGGCCGCAUGGUUUUGACAAAAGCUCCAGGAGCGCUAACCCGCCGCGACAUCACCGAUCAGUACAAGUUCCCUGAAGGCAGCAAUGAGGAGCGGACUGUCCUGGUAAAAGCUGAAGAGUACGGUUGUAAACGAGAGAAGUCCAGCCUUCCUGUGGCUGACGUGGACCUGGUCCUGCCAACCUUGGAGAUCUCUGUGGGAGACGACUUUGAGCUGAACGUGGAGUUUAAAAACCGAAGUGAUGAGCGUCGCACUGUGGACACCUACAUCAGUGGGAGCAUAGUGUAUUACACCGGAGUCACCAGCUCCGAGUUCCUGUUCAGAAACCCCACUGUGACAGUUGGCCCCAACAAAAGCGUGAAGGAAACAGUGGUGGUCGAGUCAAAGAACUACAUGAAGAAGCUGGUGGAACAGGCCAACCUCAACUUCAUUGUUACAGGGAAGGUCAAGGAGACCGGCCAGAUUGUCACUGCUAUGAAAGUUGUCACGCUGCACAAUCCCAAACUCACCGUUGAGGUGUCUGGCCCGCGCAAAGUCAAUGAAGAGAUGAUGGCGACUGUGGAGUUUACAAACCCGUUUACCUUCAGCCUGGAGGGUGUCUUCAUUCGCAUGGAGGGACCGGGAGUCAUGUUGCCCAAGUCCAAAUAUUACAGUCUGAUCACAGCAGGAUCCUCCCUGACCUGGACCGAGUAUUUCACCCCGCAGAGGGCUGGGACCACCAGGCUGAUCGCCAGUCUUGACUGUCCUGCUCUCAGGCAGGUCUACGGCCAGGUGUCCGUCACCAUCGAACCCUGAGGAUCGCUGCUUGACUGCUGAUGCAAAGCAUCAUUCAAACUCAGUUACACUUCAGCCAAAAUAUAGGCCUAGCUAACAUAGUUAUGUAACUGUAGGCUCACAACUAUUUAACAGGUAUAUAUUCAACAUUUAUGAUAACGAUUGUGGUGGGUUUUCAAUGCCACAUAAAGACGUCAAAGCGCAGAACUGGUGGGUCAUAUAUACUUACUGUUUGAGAUCUUCUUUCAUACACUUUAAUGUGCUCAUUUGAACGUGAUCAAAGUGGCCUUUGAUAAGUUAAUACAGAAUUACAUGUGGCAGAGUACAUGUCAGGCAACUGGUACACAUUAAUCAAAAAAACAAUCAUACACGGAAGUUGAUCAGAUAACAAUUAUCAUGUGUGCAGGUUCAGAGUUCCCCUAAGUUACCCUUCACACUUUUGUUAAUACAACACAUUGAAUUUUGUGAACAUAAGAGCUUUUCUAUCAUUACUACACAUCAGUGAGAAAUUUUAGCUGUAAAAAUAGAGAGGGAUAUAUCUCUUACAUCUUAAAGAUACAGCCAUUAAGAAAAAUGUUGUAUCAUGCGGUCAAACACCAGGAAGCUACAGUACAUCAGUUUUUACGAUUAAAAAAAAUCUUUAAAAAUCUUAAAAAUCUGCGGGGGAGACAGAUUCCUGACAUGUUAUUGGGUUACCUGAUUCAUUUACGUCCAAUCUUAACAGUUCUUUUAACUCAGUUUAUCUCAAGUCCUGUCAAAAACAUGGGGGUCUUUAGUUGCUAAAUGUCCAAUUGCCUUCAUCAGCUAGUCAAUAAUUUAGUCUGUCUACUAUUUGGUGCUGCAGAGGUAGCGUACAAUGAAAUUAUCAGUGCUGGGUUUCCUGAAAAUAGCUUCCUGUAGCAGCUGGAAACAUGGAUGAUAGGAGCUGUGAGACUGAAUCACACGGUAAAUGUGCCAUAAAAACAAAACAAUGAGCUAAAAGAGCAAAAAAGCUUCAGUGCUGCACAGUUGGGUGUGUGUAUGAGUGACCCCUUUCAAAUUACAUAUAGUCAAUGGAUUCAAUAAAGUUUCAAGUAAAGUGCUUUUUCCACCUUUUUAUAUUCAUUUAUACAAUCUGUUUCUUUCCAUGUUUGUCUCUGUGUAACACCUAAUGCAAAUAUCAACCAAAUAAAGGAUUGACAGCAGCAUACAUUGGUUAGAAUAUGUUGCCUUUAAGUGUGCAUGUGAGUCAGUAGUGGUAGUAUUCACUUCAUGAACAGCAAUGUGUAUUGGAAGUGACACCAUCAAUAUUGGCAAAAUCUGACAUAAUUAA